AUGGCCCAUGGUGCAACAUAUAAUGGAAAAUGGUCAUUCGAAGAGUUCUAUGACCGAUCACAUAAUCAAGAAGACAACAGCAAUGCAGACGGUGACGUAAUAAUCGAUGAUAUGGAUCCAGCUACAACUCUGCCAAACGAUGCGGAGGUAUGUAAUGGUGAUGAACGAGAUAUAAGUCGUGAUAUUGCUGUGUAUGUCAAGUACAAUGAACGAUAUGGAACAUACACGUUCGAGUAUUUAUCAAAGCUUGAUGAUUCCCCGCAAACCUUUAAAAUGGUAGUAGAUAAUAAGGAAAAGGAUUGGACUCUAUAA